AUGAGUCCAAGUUUGCUAAUGAAGCUGAAGGUCAAUGAUGGCCAGGGCGUAGGACUCAAGAGGUCGUCUCAGACGUCUCACAACAAUGCACGAAGAUGGAAGCAGCACACAGAUCCAGUGAGCGACUUCCAAGUGAUCCUGUCGAGCACCAAAACGAGAGCAGGAUUGCUCUCCCCCCACCGGACGGUUGAUCCCGACAACGGCCGUAGCAACUGCCUUUUUGCCCACCCGACUAUCCCCCGCUUCAAGUCAGCUAUCAACUCGGUCCUGAGGCACAACAGUACCAACGACCAAGUUUACGCUUCGCCCUUUGUCGCUCCGUCUCUUCACACCGCUACAUUCUUCCAAACUCACAAUCGCACAGCAAACAUCGCCUGCAAGAUGACCAGAGGUACACAGGAGGGAUCCGAGACACUCGAGUUGAACGGCGAAGUAUAUGCACUCAAUGAUCACGUUUACGUCUCCUCGCCAUGGAACAUGUCCGAUGGCGCACCCUGGCUCAUCGGAAGAAUAAUGGAAUUCAUCCGAGAACCUUUGCCGGUCGCAUCUCACAAGAAAAAGAAAACUCGACCCAUCGUACAAGUCAAACUCGCAAAUUAUCAUCGGCAGCGAGAUUUAAACAGCCGGCACAUUCUCGAUUGUCGAUUGCUUGAAGCCUCGAUGUCACAUGAAGUCUUCUGUGUUAGCCGAUUGAGAGGUAAAUGCGAGGUGCAAUUUAAGAAUGAUCGCAGCCCAGAUGAGAUUGAGGCGUGGAAGGCGGCACCAGACCAUUUUUAUUUCUCUCAGGUCUAUGGACGCUUCACCCAUCGACACUACGACGUAAUCUUAACCCAGAGUAUCAAAAAUGCCCCACCUGAAGUCGUUCAAUAUCUCAGGAAUAAUUAUAGCUACAUUUUUACGGAACCUGGCAUGGGUGCCGAAUUGAGCGAGGAGAGAAGAGGUUGUGUGACUUGCAGUCAGUGGACUACAGGGGCCGAUUCAGUAACGUGUGCACUGUGUGGUGGUGCUUACCAUUUCACCUGCCUCAAUCCACCUCUUAUCCGCAAACCAGACCGAGGUCAUCGAUGGGCACGCGGUUACCAAUGGGCAUGUGCACCAUGUUCUAAAAAACGACAAGAAUCGAUUGAGGAGCAAGCGUUGGCUCUCACGAAAGAACCGGCUGAUGAAUCGGCGGUUACAAGCAGUAGCGGUCCAGCGGCGGCCACAGGUGGGAGAUCAUUGAGAGAUAAAGGGAAAAAGAAAGAACCACUGGUCACCGCACUUGUCCAACCAGGGAAUGGACCCGAUGGCGUUUUGAGAACAGUUGAUGGGUGGCCAUUUCGCUAUUAUGGGCGAUAUACUGAGCCCACAUCCGUCUUGGAUCCGAUGGAUUCACCCCACAUAUAUACUGCACCGCGCAUUGGCUCCCGAUUUCAGACUAUAGUUCCUGCAGAUCCGUCGACGGAGACUGGAAAUGCACCUUCAUCAGUUCAAAGUUUUGCACGCCCAGUCAAAGCGGAUAAAAGAAGCCGGGACGGCACCCCGGUCCAGGUCCCUUGUUUGGCCUCGCCAGAAGUGGAAAUACCUCGCGGCGGUGACGAGACGAUCGAAGUGAUCUCCACCCCCGAUCUUCUGGAGAAGUACGAGGAUUCCGAUUUAGAUGCUUACAUCCGUGAAGCCACUCAGCUCCCAGUUGCUCGCAAUGUGGGGGUAACGAUUGUUGAUGGGGCACUAAUGGCUUUAUCCGAAGCUUCGAGCUUAGAAGAGUCUUCUCUAAAGCUUCGUGAAAAAUCGAUCAAGAGCCUUGGUUUUGCCCACUGGACCGAAGGGGAGUCGCAUCGCAUGGGUACUGCCGUGGUCCAACUGGGUGAUGAUCUCCGUGGUAUGCGGAAACUGUUCCCAAAAAAGAGUGGAGGUGAUAUUACAAAGUUCUUCUAUAUGUUUAAAGGUCACAAGUUUCCUGAGGUUUCAGCACAUGAUGCUCGAAUCGAUGCUUCCAUUAGCCGGUCACCGGAUGAAAGUCCAUCUGUCCUGCCCACGCCCUCCUCCAAAAGGCCGUACACUUGUGUUGUAUGUGAGGUGAGAACUGCACCUACUUGGCGAAGGUGCCCAGAGGCCUUGAUGGCGGGUGCAACUCAAGCCAAAAAGUGUAUUUGCGACGAAUGUUACGUGCGCUGGAAAAAAUAUGGCCUACAACAUGUACCUGCUGCAGUACAAGAAGAUAACCAUAGAGUCGCAGUCAAAGAACGAAAGCCUCGUGGCCCUUAUGCCAAGACCCUCAAAGCCCUUGCCUCUCGCAAUUCACUGAUAACUCCAACAAUCCCGGCCGCCUCAUCGCAGGCGCCCCCGCCGUCAAUCCCCACUCGGCGUUCACCACCAGCACCUCAGCCAUCAUCAUCCGGACCUCAACCUGUACCAACUCCAGCAGCUCAACAACCGCCUCCGGCACCACCUCGCGUAUCACCACCUCGCCGGUCCUCAACAGGGCCUCAGCCUCCGCCGCCCCAUCAAGACUUACCUCCGAAAGGGCCACAUCCUCCCCUCCAAACCGUAACACACCCCUUUGCUAGCGGCUCAGAUAUCGCGGCUGGGGCAUGCCCCCUUUGUAAACGAGUUGAGCCUCAAUCUACAAUGGCUUGUUGUAGUAAAUGCAAAUUGACCUGCCAUACUGCUUGUCUCGGUCUUGAUUCAGCGGUCAACACCGAGUCCUGGAAAUGCUUGGUUUGUCAGAACGCCGAAUCAAUGGCGGUUUCUAAAAUCUUGUGCUGCAGUUUGUGCCAAUCAAAACCCCGCCCAUUGACGCCCCAAAAGGCUUUGAGUGCUCUGGACGUCUGGAAGCUCUCGGAGUACAACUCCUUCGUUCACAUGAUUUGCGCAGUAUGGCAUGCUGAGCUCGCACUCACAACGACCGACGACCUGACUAGGGUAGAGGGUUUUGCCAGCAUUCCGCUCAGCAAACGCAAAAGGGAAUGUGCCAUUUGCCAUCAGGCCGGAGUAGGAGUUUGCACGAGAUGCGACCAAUGUACAGACUUUAUCCAUGUCAGUUGCGCUUGGUCGCGCGGCUACAAGUUUGGGUUUGAGAUUUUGCCUCAGAGGAAGCGUCGUCCACGUGAAAGCGAUCUGGUCAAGUAUGCAGAACAUUAUGGUCUGAUGGAGCCAAGAAUUUGGUGCCCCGAACAUAUCCCAACCUCAGAUCGCGUCACUUACGAUGCUUCUCACGUUGAUCCACUGACCCAAAUGACCGCGCUGCAGACAUUUUUGCAGCACGAAAAGGACGUCAGCGCCGACCCGGGUUUGAGAAUCUUGCGGAAAGCCAGAAGACUAGACAGUGUCAUGGAUUCUGUUACGAAGCCGAAGCAUGCUUCACCUGCAAGCACAAUAUGGGGCAAAAAUCUUGACCUGGAAGAUGGCUAUAUGGUUUCGACACUCAGCAAGUUACCCGAAUCGUACGAAGCUCUGGCGGAGGCUUCUCAACCCGCGGCGGCCCCCACUCGGCGGCGUAGAUCAAGCAAUCAAGGCUCAACCGUUGACACGGCAGCCACUGCUACGCCUCCCACGACCAGAGACAAGACCCGAGCUCGUAAUCUGGGUCGCAAUAGGACCCGGGGUGCUUCGGCAUCGAAGGAGAAAUCGGGAGAUUGCAUUCCAGUAACUGAGCGCCACGAUACUCAACACACUCCCUCCCAACCUAGGGAUCCUAUGCCUGUCGAUCCUCAGCUUCUCAUUCCACGCGUUCCCCAAAUCUCGGCGUCUGCUUUCAGACCUGAUCCUCGUAGUGCCGCUCCUACUACAACGCUCAACAAUUCGCGCCCACGAAAGAUGAGACGUAAACAUACCAAGCCGCUCAGUGACGCUGUCGUGAACGCGAAUGUCACACCCGAGCAACCCACUGCGGUCAGGCGAUUUGACAGUUUGGGAGCAUCCCAAACAAACAGAAGUGUGUCACAAGGUGAACAAGCUACGUCUGCCAGUGCCCCCAAACCGAACAUGCCCAAAGCGAACACUUCAUGGCCAGGUCAACCGGGUGGCACCUCAAUGACACCCGAACAAUUGCAUGCAGUUGCCGCGUCACCAACUGCGUCAGCCUCCCAGCCCACCCCGCGAGAAACGGCCCCCCAUGUGCCCAAACCUCCGAGCAAACUACGUUUGACAAUCAAACCAGCCCAUGUCUCACAGAAGCCUUCAAACCCUCCUCCUACUCUUGUUCCGUCCGCUAACAGCUCACCCCCCGCAGCUCCUCGUAAAAACAUACUUGCUUAA